GUGACGGGGAGAUUUCAAACCGCCCGGCGGCAGCGCUCGACCCGCUGAGUGACGGGGAGAGAGGGAAGGACGGAGGAGAAGGGCCGAGCGGACGGAGGUGAGGAGACGGAGUCAGAGUCGGACCACAGCCAUUGCUGUUGAAAUCGCAAAGGCAGAGGGGAGCAUGCCAAUUCGCGCCUAUUGUACAAUUUGUUCUGAUUACUUUGAUAAUUUCAAGGAUGUGGCAGCCAUUCAUUGUGGACACACUUUUCACAGCGAGUGGAUCUCAGGACUGGGAGAAUCUCCGCCAGCUUUGCAGUUCAGAUUGUUCAUCGUUAUAGAUCUGAUGGAAAAUACCCUUGUUCUUGCUCAGUGGUUCUACAGUGCUCCUUCUCGGACCUGCCCUCAAUGUAGAAUACAGGUCAGUGCAAGAUACAUCGUCAACAAGCUGUUCUUUGACGUAGGUGAGGGGGAGCAAGUGUUAGAUGCAGAAACUCUCCAGAAUGAGUUGGACAGUGUCAAAUCUCAGCUGUUACUGAAAGGGAAAGAAAAGAAGGACCAACAAUCGAUCAUUGAUACACUGAGGAGCACGCUGGAUAAACGGAAUGCAAAAGUGGAGUCUUUAACAAAGGAGCUGAGUGAGGCAGAAAUGCUGUGCUCAACUCUCAAGAAGCAGGUGAGAUACAUGGAACAGCAGCAAGACGACUCAAAAUCUGCAAAAGAGGAGACACGCAGGCUUCAACAGAAAUUGAAAACCUUGGAAAAUAUUCAGGUGCUGCUUCAAACCCAGAGGCCAGAGGUUGAAGAAAUGAUCCGGGAAGUCGGAGUAGGACAAUCAGCAAUAGAGCAGCUAUCCAUUUUCUGUAUCUCCUUAAAAAAGGAAUAUGAAAACCUGAAGGCGACAUUUAAAUCCUCUGUUGAUAUGACUGAGAAGCUCAAGAAAGAAAAUUUUACUUCCAACUGCAAGUUGCAAAAGUGUAUGUCACAACUGGAGAAAUUAAAAGAGGAACUGCGGGCAUCUCAGGAGGAUUUGCAAAACGCAGACAGGGAGAUUAUGAACUUAAAGAAGAAGGUGGAAUUCCUACAGAAGUCCCUGAGUACACCGAAUCGUACCAAUGAAGCAAUCAGCCGUCUAAUCUUUGAGAGCCCUGCUCCUGUAGAUUUACAAUUCCCGAAACUGCACAAGCCGGCCACUGGAGAGGAUAUUGAUCUUUCUCAGACGUAUGACUUCGACACACCUGAUUGCAUUCCUCCAACAUCUCUGAAUACCUCGUCUAAGAAAAUAAGACUAGACACAGCUGGGUCGUCCACACCAAAUCGGUCCUCUAAAUUUCUGCAUAACUCAAAGAUGAUGAACAAAGAUGAGGAUGACUAUAUUCUUCCAACAUUCCUCCGAAACUCGAUGUUAUUCCAAAAGAAAUCACGUGGAAGCUGCUUGGAUCCACACACAAACCAAGGAUCAGUGCGGACUGGCUUUGAUGGAUUGGGAGGAAGAACCAAGUUCAUUGAACCUACUAAAAUGACUGAAAUACGUCCACUGCCAUUAAAAGCAAAGAGGAAGAAAGUGACGCGGGUCACUGUAAACAGCUCCAUCUGUAAUCAGCCCAAACUGAAGGAUUUCCUUAAAUGAACCAAAGCUGAUUCCCAAAUUUCAGGGAUACGAGGCAAUUGGAUGAAAUAGAACUGAAAUGAGUGCCAAGAUAACACAUCUUGUACCGAUGGCCAUGGUCUGUUAGUGUUGAUAGCACUAACUGCCCCUCCCUGGAAGAGUGCAGCUGGCCUGUACAGUGUAUCACAGCAGGAGCUGUAGUGCACACAAUAUGACAAAUUAUCAAAGACACUGAUCCCAAAAGCAAAAAUGCUUUUCUUGUUCACCUGAGCAAUUGAAUUGUUUGAACAGCAGGGAGCCCACUGGUGCUGCCUUGGACGUUGACUGUAGAGAUCACAUGGCAUUACACAGAGAAGGAGGCAGUGUGAUAUGUAAAACUACCACAGUCAGGAGUUGGAGGUAAUGAAAGGAUGGGGAAAACUUCAAAGGAAGUUAACUCCUGUAUUGUGACUAGUGGCAGAUAUCCCUGACUUCACCUCCUCAAGCCAGGAGAUCACAACAUCUCACCCACCCAGCAUCAGAGUAAAAUAUUUCCAAGUCAUAGAUAGUAUAAGUUAGUUGCAGAGAGAAUCUCCGCUCCAUUGAAGCUGCUUUAACACUAUCAAGCAUCAUCAACUCCACCAUUUUCCUAUUUCCUUCAUUAGACAUCCUUCUCUAAAUGUGCUUGACAUUUUAGCACAAAUUGGGUUAGGUCCACACAAUCUUAGGAACUAAGCAAGAAUUACCAAACCCCAUUCUGUUAAUAUCUUGUACCCAGCUCUACUAUAUUACACUCAUGCUGCUGCCAGUUAGGUGAGGCUUUCAUCUCAAUUCUAGGCUGGAUUUGCAGUUGAACGAAUUAUCAUUCGGUUAGGUGUUUCUUUUAGUCUAGUUGAGUUGCCUCUGGACUACAUUAACCUGGGCAUUCAGGUUACUCCAAGAACUGCCCCAAUUAUCCUUCUCAUACUACCUUAGACAGCACUAAGCACUGAAAAAGUUGAAGGAGUGACACACUCAAACUGAAUUCUUCAAAUUCCUGUUGUUGACUAUAAAGUAGAUAACUUUUUGAACACAGUUUUGUGCCUUGAUAUUUUCACAGCCUUGUAGUUGACUUUGUGUUGAUAUAUAAUCUUCCAUGAGUUACUGUGGGAGUCCUUGCUGAGAUAGGAGUUUGAAUUGUUAGAUAUUCUAAUACAGUGUCACAGCAGAACAACCAGUUCUUAUGAUGCACAAUGAUCCGCUUAAUCAAGCGGGGGUCUUGUCAUAUACAUGUAUGUUCAUAGGUACCUUUGUAUUUGAUCUUGCAGCCAUUUUUAAAGCCCUUUAACAAAGUCAAAAGGAGAUUUUGUUUACAAUCUACAAAAGAUCUUCAUUUGUUCUUGCUCUCUAUUUCCUUAAAUGUGACAGUCAAUGGUAUUGAGGAAACGUGCUGAUAUUGGUGAUGUGAUGGUCUACAGAAACAAACGAAGCAUUUCUGCCAAAAGCCGAAUACAUCAGGGAGGUUCAACUAUCUUGCAACUGUUGACUUCAAUUAUUCUUUCAACCAACUUUAAGCAUUGCUGGGCAUUUAUAAAACAUCACAAGAUUCAACUGAAGUUCUUCACCACUGUUAAUUUUAACAGAGCUUUUCAAAAGCCAACCCCUGAUGUUGAAAAUGUUUAGGUUAAUUAAAUUCCAGAGACUGAACUGAAACCUAGUUGAUAGAAAGCCUGUGCAACUCGAAAUAUUUGUAUUUCUAUAUAAAAAGAGCACUUAUCCAAAAAGCAGUUGGGAAAUAAGAAUCUACCUGCUUAUUAACCAUGAAUUGUUUCUGAAAUGUUCCAUUAAUGUCAUAAUGGGAAACCAAAGGCACUUGUCCCUCCCAUUGGGAACACGAUGAGUUUACUAUUGUUUUUAAUGGGUCUAAAUUUAUCUGUUCUACAAUUAUUACAAGACUGAAUUCACCCCUCUCUCUGCCCCACCCAAUUUUAUGUUUGGGCAGGAUAGUUUUUAAAAUGUUUUACUUCUGCAUGGAAUUGAUCAAGCUUUAAGCCUGGAUUCUUCUUCCAAAUUGGGACAUCCCAUCUGUCAGGAUGAUGGUGACCAGUGAAAUGGACAUCUCCAGGGCCCUUGCUGCCUCAAGAAUUCAGGAGUGCCAUUCUAAAUAUUUCAGAGGAACCUAAUAGAUCAUUGCAAAUCAAAGAGUGUUUUCUGUUCCUACAAUCUUGGCUUAAAGUAUAGAAUAAUGAGGCUAUUCAGUCCAUUGUUUCUGUACCAGUCACUAUUUACUGUCUCCCUCUGACUGGAGAAAUAACAAGCUGAAUAAGGUGUCACCCUUUGGAACAAGCAAUGCCCUUUCCUUUGCUUACUUUGUAACUUUUUUUAAUAGUCUUACAUUUCAAUAAUUCAUUCCUUAAAUCCAGAGCUAUUGUGGUUAGAAAGGUUAGACAUUUAUCAAGAUUUUGUUACGACAAAAGAUUAACUCAAGUCUGGCACAAUGAGUUUUAAAUUGGCUUGUUUGGAAAAUCUGCUUUGAGUAAUUCGAAUGUUGAAAAUGAUUAAUGUUGAGAAUCUCCUGAUACCUUGCAGUAGAUCUUGGCAAGACUGUGUGUGUCAUUUUGCUGAGCAAAACCUUCCUGGUCUGAAUUAUAAUUGUACUGGGCUUUCAAUGGUACAGUUUUGGGCUCUGAAAUAACAGGAAGAUCAGGUUGAAUUUGGUGGAUUAGGAUAAGUUUCUCUCCACCAGCUCUUUGCUUUGUUUGAGAAAUAGUGAUGAAUUUUUUAUAUUGGUUUGUGUAUCUGCCCCCAAGAUCUUUCCAGGAAACAGCCUUCUUGUUUUGAUAUGACUUGAUAGUAAAAAUAGGCAAGACUGGUGCAUGUUCAAAAACUGGGGCCAUUGACACGACACAGCAUCUUUGUGGUUACCCAAGCAAAAUUAGAAUCUCUUAAAUAUCUCUUGCAUAUGAAAAUCUGUUGAUAAGCAGAAAGAAGAUAUUUGGAUACCGAUUUCAUGUACUGAAUGUUACAGUUGAGUGAAAGCUUCAGUUGGAUUUAAUCCAUUAUUUCAAAAAGAUUGCAGUUGCUGUUUACUGUGGCCUGGAAAGGGUUAAGUUGUAGAAGUGACAGUGUAUGAAAUUAAUGCAGUUUUUUUAGUCCCUAGUGUCAAUGCAGUGUCAAAUUUAACUUCACGGCAGUUAUUACAACCUUGCACCACUGCACGUCGGAUAUUUAGCUUCUUACACACUAUGGCCCCUUUUAUCCUAACUGUAAUUGCACUAGUUUUGUGCGUCUUUACAGGAGCUGAAUGUAUCUUUGUUCAUCCCCGAGGUUAACCCAGUCUGUGUACAGUUGUUGCUUAAAAGAUGAAUAGUAUGUUUUAUCUUUCUGGGGCAUAGAUCCAUUGAGCUAUAUAUGCUUGUAAACUACCUGACCUCAAUAAAUAUUUUCUGUAUGG